AAAAAUUAAAACAACAACGUCUUGCAACUCGAGAAAAGAUUAAAGAAAUAGGUCAAGAUUUCUGGGAUAGGAAAAAAGAAAUUUAUGAUGCUACUUUAAUUAAUUGUUCAGAAGUUCAUACAGAAUUACAAGAUUGUUUUAAAAAAGGAAAACUUUGGGAUAGACUUACUCUUUGUACUAAUAUGAGAGAUAAAUUUUGGAGUUGUAUGGAUCAACAAAAGAAACUUUUAAAUGAUAUGGGAUACGGAUCGCCAUUAAAAACAGAAGCAGAAAACGAAGAAAUUUUACAUAAAGCAGAUAUUCAUUAUCGACAAACGAACGAUAAAGAUAAAGAUAAGGCUACCUGA